UGAAUAGAGGUUAGUUUAUAUUCAUGCGAAAUUUGUGUACGCCUUCAAAUUCCGGUAAAUCGGUUAAAUUACUUUUAUUGCAAAUUAUUACUGGAAUGAGAUAAUAAUAUUGAUGAAUUACAAAAAUAUGAACUGAUUAUUUCAUUUUCAACACCACUCAAAAAAUAUCAAGAUGUUUGGUCUAGGAAAAAAAUCGGCAAACAGAUCUGAGGAACAGCUCACUUUGCUUACAUUUGCUAUUCUAACUUUAGCAGCAAUUUUAUCCUUUGCUACCAGAUUAUUUUCUGUGUUGAGGUUUGAAAGUGUUAUUCAUGAAUUCGAUCCAUAUUUCAAUUACCGAACUACUAAAUAUUUAGCUGAAAAUGGUUUUUAUGCCUUUCAUAAUUGGUUUGAUGACAGAGCUUGGUAUCCCUUGGGCAGGAUUAUAGGAGGUACAAUUUAUCCAGGUUUGAUGGUAACAUCUACAGUUAUUUAUAAACUUUGCUGGUUUCUCAAUAUCACUAUUGAUAUCAGAAAUGUUUGUGUUUUUUUGGCACCUCUGUUUUCCUCAUUCACUACUAUCAUUACUUAUUUAUUAACUAAAGAAGUCAAAAAUGAAGGUGCUGGACUUAUAGCAGCCUCAUUGGUAUCCAUUGUCCCUGGUUAUAUAAGUAGAUCUGUAGCUGGAAGUUAUGACAAUGAAGGAAUUGCAAUUUUCUGUAUGCUUCUCACCUAUUAUACUUGGAUAAAAGCUGUCAAAAGUGGUACUAUUUAUUGGGGAACACUUUCUGCAAUAGCUUAUUUUUAUAUGGUAUCUUCAUGGGGUGGAUAUGUUUUCCUUAUAAAUCUUAUACCUCUUCAUGUGUUAACUUUAAUGGCAACGGGCCGUUUUUCCCAUAGAGUUUAUGUGGCUUAUAGUACACUUUAUUGCUUGGGGACAAUUCUUUCCAUGCAAAUAUCUUUCGUUGGAUUCCAACCAGUGCAAAGCUCAGAGCAUAUGUUGGCCUUGGGAGUAUUUGGUUUAUGCCAAAUAAUGGCUUUUGUGGAUUAUCUUCGUAGCAAAGUAACCAAAUCUGAUUUCGAGGCUCUCUCAACAUUCUUGAUGUAUAGUGUGGGACUUAUAUUCAUAGCAGGAAUUGGAAUACUGACGCUGUCUGGAAAAAUUUCCCCAUGGACGGGUCGAUUUUACUCUCUUCUGGAUCCGUCAUAUGCUAAAAACCACAUUCCUAUUAUAGCUAGUGUUUCAGAACAUCAACCUACAUCUUGGAGUUCAUUUUAUUUCGAUCUGCAGAUUUUGGUUUUCUUAUUCCCGGCAGGACUAUAUUUUUGUUUCAACCAGUUAUCGGAUGCUAAUAUAUUUAUCAUUCUAUAUGGUAUAAGCAGUAUCUAUUUCGCAGGUGUUAUGGUACGUCUUAUGUUGGUUCUCGCACCUGUUAUGUGUAUCUUGGGUGGUAUUGCAGUGUCUCAUCUUCUGGGUAAAUUCAUGAAAAAUAUGGAACAAACAAAACCACAAGAGAAUCGUAAAAAACAACGUCUCGAAUCAAAUUAUAUUCUCAAGAAUGAAAUAUCUUUCACUUUUGUUGGAGUCAUUUGUGUUCUGUUCAUCUCAUAUACUUUCCAUUGUACUUGGGUAACAUCCGAAGCAUACAGUUCACCUAGUAUUGUUCUUAGUGCAAGAUCCUAUGAUGGGGGAAGAAUCAUUUUUGAUGAUUUUAGAGAAGCUUAUUACUGGUUGAAAAUGAAUACCCCUGAGGAUGCUAGAAUUAUGUCUUGGUGGGAUUAUGGAUACCAAAUUACAGCUAUGGCAAAUCGGACUAUUUUAGUUGAUAAUAAUACUUGGAAUAAUACGCAUAUUUCAAGGGUGGGUCAGGCUAUGGCUAGUUCAGAGGACAAAGCUUAUGAAAUUAUGAAAGAAUUAGAUGUGGAUUAUGUAUUAGUUAUAUUUGGUGGUUUGACAGGAUAUUCCUCGGACGAUAUCAACAAAUUCUUGUGGAUGGUUCGGAUAGGUGGUAGUACAGACAGAGGUGCUCAUAUCAAAGAAUGGGAUUUUUAUUCUUCCAAUGGUGAAUUUAAAAUUAGCAAGGAAGGAUCCCCUACUCUCCUCAACUGUCUGAUGUAUAAAAUGUGCUAUUACAGAUUUGGACAACUGUAUACUGAAGGUGGUAAACCUCAAGGCUAUGACCGAGUUCGUGGUGCAGAAAUUGGAAACAAAGAUUUUGAAUUAGAUGUACUAGAAGAAGCCUACACUACUGAGCAUUGGCUUGUCCGUAUAUAUAAAGUUAAGGAUCUUCCUAAUAGAGGAGUAUAAAAUACUUCAGUUGAAUGACAUUUUCCUUUUACACUAAGAAUAAAUACUUUUCUUUAUAAA